AUGUAUCUCUAUACGCUGAAAGUGCUAGUUUGGUUUCCCAAUGUGUGGACGAUAUGUCUGGGGAUAAAGCAGCAGCUAACGAUUGGUGGCGACUACAUUGGAUCCUUUACCGAACUCGUCUUUGAUGUGAUAGCAAAGCAGGACAUGCAGUGUUUUCAUGAGAACUUCACACAGUAUAUGUGGGCUACCAUCGAACUCAGGGUAGGUUACAUUAUGUCAGUUAAUCCGCUGCAGUCUGUAAAAUAA